AUGCCGAAAUUCGUCGUCAUCGAGCUGAAUGAUGACGCCGAGACCAUCGAUCUGCUCAGUUAUUGCAGGCGCAGUCGGGCAUCACAGAGCGAGGCCAUCACACGUAUUUUCAUUGUUAGAGAGCCACAAUGUCAGAGGCGUCGUUUAAACAUCGUGCAUCAAAAUAAAAAAUUCAUUGGGAUGGAACCAACAACGGCAAUUCGUAAUACGUUGGACGUGAUUAUUGAUGAGCAUCGUAAAGCACUGAUUAUGAAAUACAGUAAUCUCGGAAUUCGUAAUACUGUAGGAUUACUGUAG